CGGAUGGGUCCCAGCUCGCAAUGGUUGUGCGGUUAGCAUUUAGCCACGAGUCUAUAUGUAUCAUUAGCAGGGAGACGUGCGGUGCGCCGCAACAGUCCUUGAGCAGGAAGCGGGCGUGGGGCGAAUAUGAAAGAGGGGCCUACUGCAAAGCUGGGACAACACAACCAUUACAGAAACAUAUAUUCGAAUUGGACAACUCUUUAACUGUAUACCUUGGUAAGAGGGAUUUCGUCGACCACGUGGAUCUUGUGGAGCCUGUCGAUGGUGUGGUUUUAAUUGAUCCAGAGUACUUAAAAGAGAGAAAAGUUUUUGUGACCUUGACGUGUGCUUUCCGCUAUGGACGGGAGGACUUGGACGUUCUUGGCUUGACGUUUCGUAAAGACCUCUUUGCGGCCAACAUCCAGGCAUUUCCUCCCGUGCCUGAAGAGAAAAAGAGCUUGACACGUCUACAAGAGCGACUGAUAAAGAAACUUGGAGAACAUGCUUACCCCUUCACCUUUGAGAUUCCUCCGAACUUGCCCUGUUCUGUCACGUUACAACCAGGGCCGGAGGAUACAGGAAAGGCCUGCGGGGUUGACUUUGAAGUGAAAGCUUUCUGUGCAGAAAACGUUGAAGAAAAAAUCCACAAAAGGAAUUCAGUGCGUCUUGUCAUCAGAAAAGUGCAGUAUGCUCCAGAGAAGCCGGGCCCACAGCCAAUGGCUGAAACCACAAGGCAGUUCCUCAUGUCAGAUAAACCUUUACACCUGGAGGCCUCACUUGACAAAGAGAUUUACUAUCAUGGUGAACCAAUCAGUGUCAACGUCCAUGUCACAAACAACACAAACAAGACAGUAAAAAAAAUCAAGAUUUCAGUGCGUCAAUAUGCUGAUAUCUGCCUCUUCAACACUGCCCAGUACAAGUGUCCAGUAGCGACAGAGGAAUCAGAUGAUAUUGUGGCCCCCAGUGCUACAUUUUGUAAAGUAUACACUCUCACGCCUUUCCUUGUGAAUAACCGAGAGAAACGCGGCUUGGCUCUGGAUGGCAAACUCAAACAUGAAGACACAAAUUUAGCCUCAAGUACAUUGUUAAGAGAGGGAGCCAAUAAGGAAAUUCUGGGCAUCAUUGUUUCUUAUAAGGUGAAAGUGAAGCUUGUGGUGUCUCGUGGAGGGACUGACCGUAUACUGAAGAGUCUGUCUUACACAGCUGACUCCAGCCAACUGUGCACAUUAGAGAUUCCUAUAAGUAGCCAAGCCUUUGGCUGGAAGCACAGACAGACUCAGACACUUGAGAAGAUGCCAUCAAUUACUGGACCAUUUGUGCUGAUGCUUAUAGGCCAGUGGUUCCAGCACUCUGUUAGCCACUCAUGA